AGACGCAAGGUGCAGGCAAGUAGGAGUCGCCUCUGCUGCCAAGCCAGGAGGAGCCAGCGUGGGACAGACAGACAGACGGAGAACACCACCGCACCGACGAGGGCCGGGAUGGCGAGCGUGCAGCAGCAGCACACGGACCUGGAGUGCGCUGUGGAGAUGCUGGUGAAGAACUUUGAGAAGUACGCGGGUGGCGGGGGCUGCUGCUGCCGGAAGCAGCCGCGCCGCAUCAGCAAGAAGGACUUCCGCAAGAUGCUCACCCGUGAGCUCAACCACAUGCUGACGGACACCGGGAACAAGCGUGCGGCCGACAAGCUGAUUUGCGACUUGGACGAGAACAAGGAUGGGCGCAUCAGCUUCGAGGAGUACUGGACCCUGAUUGGGGGCAUCGCCAGCCCCAUUGCCGGCCUCAUCCGUCAGCAGGAACAAAGCAUCAAGUUCUCCAAGUAGUGGCUCCCCAGAAGGCACCCCACAGCCCAGACCCCCCAGAGUCUCUGAUCUUGUCCCCUUGGGCCAUAUGUGACCCCUUCCCAAGCCCCUCAGGUGCUGCCCUCCCAUCCUCCCCUGGUGCCACCAGCCCCACGGGUCCUACAGGGCCUGUGGGUCAUGCGUGCUUGUCCCUUGCAACCUGGGAUGGCUGGUGCGCAGGCCGGAUUGAGCCGUCCCUGCAAUAAAGGAUGGAGGGCCA